AUGGAUUUAGAGAAAAAUUACCCGACUCCUCGGACCGGCAGGACAGGACAUGGAGGAGUGAAUCAGCUUGGGGGGGUUUUUGUGAAUGGACGGCCACUCCCGGAUGUAGUCCGCCAAAGGAUAGUGGAACUUGCUCAUCAAGGCGUCAGGCCCUGCGACAUCUCCAGGCAGCUUCGAGUCAGCCAUGGUUGUGUCAGCAAAAUUCUUGGCAGGUAUUAUGAGACAGGGAGCAUCAAGCCUGGGGUAAUUGGAGGAUCCAAACCAAAGGUCGCCACACCCAAAGUGGUGGAAAAAAUCGCUGAGUAUAAACGCCAAAAUCCCACCAUGUUUGCCUGGGAGAUCAGGGACCGGCUGCUGGCGGAACGGGUGUGUGACAAUGACACGGUGCCCAGCGUCAGUUCCAUCAACAGGAUCAUCCGGACAAAGGUACAGCAGCCACCCAACCAGCCGGUCCCAGCUUCCAGUCACAGCAUAGUGUCCACGGGCUCCGUGACGCAGGUGUCCUCGGUGAGCACGGACUCGGCGGGUUCCUCCUACUCCAUCAGCGGCAUUCUGGGCAUCACAUCCCCCAGCGCCGACACCAACAAGCGCAAGAGAGACGAAGGUAUUCAGGAGUCUCCUGUGCCGAACGGCCACUCACUGCCAGGCCGAGAUUUCCUCCGGAAGCAGAUGCGGGGAGACCUGUUCACGCAACAGCAGCUGGAGGUGCUGGACCGCGUGUUUGAGAGGCAGCACUACCCGGACAUCUUCACCACCGCAGAGCCCAUCAAGCCUGAGCAGACCGCCGAUUAUUCCACCAUGGCCUCGCUGGCAGGAGGGCUGGAUGACAUGAAGGCCAACUUGACCAGUCCCACCCCCGCUGACAUCGGGAGCAGUGUGCCUGGGCCGCAGUCCUACCCCAUUGUGACAGGCCGCGACUUGGCGAGCACGACCCUCCCUGGGUACCCUCCGCACGUGCCCCCCGCUGGACAGGGCAGCUACUCGGCGCCGACGCUGACGGGGAUGGUACCUGGGAGUGAGUUUUCCGGGAGCCCCUACAGCCACCCUCAGUAUCCCUCGUACAACGACUCCUGGAGGUUCCCCAACCCGGGGCUGCUCGGCUCCCCGUACUAUUACAGCGCUGCUGCUGCCAGAGGAGCCGCCCCGCCCACAGCUGCCACUGCCUACGACCGCCACUGA